AUGAAGAACAAGAAGAAUCUUGGAUGUAAUUUCAACCCAGGUCCUUCUGCUCCCAGGGUUGAUGGCACACGUGAUACCAAUCCCAAUGUCAUCGGCCCCUUCGACAACUUUGAUGGUUUCCUCUCCUACAUCGCCGCUCAGAGGGCUACAGUGGAUCGAUUUGCGGAUGAUGCUGAUACUGAUGAAGCGCCAGCUCCACCAAAGCCGCAGAAGCAGAAGAAAACAAAGGCUUCAAAGCCCCCUGUUGCACCUAAAGCUUCGCAUCUGAAGCCACUGGCCACUGCACCUCCUGAAGCAAGUGUGCAGUUUGAAGAUCUCUCUCGCAUCUCCAAGAAGACCGAGAAGUCUUUAAAGAAGAAGAAGCCCAUCAAGAGUUCUGGGGAAGCACUGACCCCAGCUGCCAUUCUGAGGAACGAGAAUGAAGCCAUUGAUUUGUCAAAUCCAACCGCCGCUGCACGUCGACGAGGCGGCUGGCGGGCGGGGCGCGCCGACACGGCCCUCCGUGCGCGCGCACCAGGAGGCCCUCGAGGCGGCGCCGUCGGGGUCGUCUCCGGGCUCGACCUCGGCCGCCUCAACUCCUCCCGCGCCGGCGGCUCACUCCGCAAGGUCGCUGCCGAGGCCGCCGCCGCUGGGGCCCGCGACUUCGCCGACCUGUACGCCCUCGAGGGCGCGUCCCUGCCGGACCCGCUGGAUGAGGAGGACAGGGCCAAGUGCCCGCACUCCAUCGUGCUUGCCGGCGACGAGUUCCCUCCACGGCCAUGGCCUCGGCCUCCCUUCCCCGACCGCCAAGACGCCGGCGCGGAGGCUGCUCUCCGCCACCGUCAGGGCCAUGGCGCUGGCCAACCCCAACAAAGGUACUGCGGAGUCGCGGCGGCGGACGGCAAGUUCCUGCCGGUCAUCGACAAGAAGGCCGGCUACUCCUUCGUCUACCCAUUCAGAUGGCAGGAGGUGUAUGUGCAAGGGCAGGACAAGGUGUACAAGGACGUGAUCGACCCCGCCAUCCGCGAGUGGACCUCAAGACUGAUGUGUACCUUCAUGAGCUUCCAGACGAACAUGCAAGCAGCUCCGCUGCCAAGCCAUCAGCCCAACCAGAUGGAGCUGGCCCUCUUCCAUGACCCACUGUUGCCUCAGGCCGGGGCGUAGAGCACGAACCCGUUCGCCGAUGACAACUUCAAGGGUUACCCUGAGUACAUGAACACCAGCAACCCGCAGACGGCAGACGAUCCCUUCCAGCAACAUUUCCUGAAGCUGUCGGCGUCAAGCCCCUACGACAACUUCCUCAGGGCUGCAGGGUGCUGAGGCGAAUGAGUUUCUGCCCGGAGCAGCAGCAAGUCUGUCGUGUCACGUCUCUACGCAUGGUACCGAAACACGAGCAGGACUAGAUCUAAGAAUCAGAGAGAUUAAGUCAGUAUAUCUUACUUGGGUACAAGUCGCUAGAGGUGGCGGGCUUGUACGGCAUCGCGAGCAGGAGGGCCAUGAGGGGUUUGCUGCUCUGCUCCUAGGGCGACCAAGAGGUCCUACCCCGAGCUCAAGCACGUCCACGCCGACCCACCAUGACAGAUGACCAAGCCCAAGGAGGAAGCAUCUGCUCAUCACCGAGGACGAGUAACUCCAGCAGGUGAAGUAUGAAGUGUGAAGCCGUGAAGCGUAUCAGCAAGAGUAGCAUAUUAUGUAUUGUAAUAUCAGGAGUGUAAUAUUAGUCAGAGUAGCAUAUUAUGUAUUGCAACAUUUAGUGUUGUUUUGGAUGAAUUUCAUUUGCUCUAUAGUCUGUUUGAAAUAUUGAUUGUGUAUAUAAUUUCAAUACCUAUGAAAUGGAAACCUGACCAGGGGGGCCCACUUA